AAAAAGGACAGAUAUAAAUGCGGACGGAAAAUGGCAUGGCGCGGCGAACUAGAGGUUGCACGAGAAAGUCCCAAAGUACCUAUUGAACGAACCACUCAGUCGAUGCAAUUGCGUGCGCUGCGGCACACCCGUUCUCCUCUUCGAGGUUGUCGGAUCCCCGUAGCCUUGAGUGAAUCUCACAGAGAAGAUUUCUCCGGUGCCGCUCCGUGGAAGAAGUGAUUUCUUGAGUUUGCCUCUCGCAGACGUGGACUGAUCGCGUCAUCGAGCGGAAUUCCAAUUGCGAAGAGAGAGACACGUCACGAUGGCUAAACCGAAACGGUAAUGAGUGCCACUUAAAUCAAAAGUGUUCUAUUAAAGGGGAAAAUUCGCCAUCCGCGAUUCACUUUGAACAACUUUGAUUCUUUUGAUAGUGCGCUGUUAUCUGUCGUGUGCUGCGAAGAAGAUGAUUUCUUUUAAGAGUUCUUAUGCGAUCGCGUUUACGAGGAAUGUAUAGACUUGCAAGUGUCUCUCGGAUUCGACAAAGUGUUUUCCAAGGAUUGAAUAAGCUAAAGCAACUCAAGUUAAAUUCCAAUCGGAUAACGAAUGUCUCCAGAGCACUACUAUGUGACUUGGUUGGUCUGGGGAGACUCUUUCUCAUGCAGAAUGAGAUCAGCACUCUGGAAUCGGGAAUGUUUCGAGACUUAGUUCAACUGGAGCUGUUACGAUUGGAUGAAAACAAAUUGUCUCACAUUGUAGCCGGCACUUUUGCAGGGCUCUCUAAUCUGAAAGAGAUGAGCCUCUCCGACAAUGAAAUUCAUACGGUGGAUGAUGACGCUUUUUCUGAUCUCGUCAAAUUGGAAUAUCUCUACUUCUUCGGCAACAACUCCACUGAAAUUGAUAAGGAAAUCAGUGACCUCCCGCUCAAUGUUACAUCAUAUUAUAGGAAAUCAUCAUAUCAUAGGAAAUAUCUAUCUGUCUAUAUCUUAGUUUAAAAA